AUGGCGGAGACUCUUGGCCUGGUUGCCAAUAUUGCGGCAGUCGUCCAACUAGCAGCUGAGAUCACAAAGCUGAGCUAUGGAUACAUUCGCGAAGUGAAAAAUGCGCCCAAGGUACAAAAACAGUACCUGCAAGAGGUUUCAGGGCUCAUGGACGUUCUCUUUCGUGUCGAGCAAGUUAUCAUGGAAGCCGAUUCAUUUGAGGCUCUCCCAACCCCGCCUGAUUCUCUAAAUGACGAGGCCUUGAAAAAUUGCCACGCUGAGCUCUCGAAACUUCAGUUGGAACUAUUAAAAAAAAAGUCACGGCUGAUCAGGCCCUUUCAAGAUCGGGAGCUGCGACCCCAAAUUGACAUGCUGCACAAAUUCCGAGAGAAUUUCGCUACUUAUCUCUCUUCUUGCAUUCUGUGCGGCCCCACCUUCGAAAUAAAUCGAUCGCAACUAAUGCAGUACUGGGUAUUUUGA